AUGUCUCAAUACCAAUAUCCACUGAUUUUCUUUCGUUUCUUAUUUCGUCGUUUUCUUUUUUGAGUGGAUUAUUAUUUGACUUAUGUGCUCGUUCUGUUGUGUCCGAUUUAUUCGCUGUUGGCUGAAAUUUUUGUUUUCAAUCGAUUUUCAGUUUUGUUUCCAAUAAGAAAACACUUAUAAUUGAAAAUCUGAGCAGAAAAAUUUAUUUUUAAAAGACCAUUCAAUUUUUCAAGUGGCUUAUCAACUGUGUUAUAUGUGACGUACAAAGAAAUGCAUCGUAGUGAAAAUAACGAAAAUCGCGAUGUGGUUUACCCAGAAAUAUCUUCCACUAAGGUUUGUCAUAUUGUAAAACGUUCAGAUUUUGAAGGAUAUGGCUUUAAUUUGCAUUCAGAGAGAAUAAAGCCCGGACAAUAUGUGGGGAAAGUUGAUGUGAAUUCUCCAGCAGAAGUAUCGGGAUUGAAGGAAGGUUAUCGUAUCAUUGAAGUUAAUGGUGUAAACAUAAGUCAAGAGUCUCACAAGCACGUAGUGCAGCGAAUUAAGGCCAUUUCAAAUGAAGUGAGAUUAUUAAUAGUUGAUGACAAAUCUAUUAAAGAACUUGCAGCUGAAAAGUCUUCACCAUUACCAAAGUCUUUUAAUGAAAAAAUAAAUUCAAAAGAACUGGAAGUUGAAAAACAGAUAUCAAAUGCAAGCAGUGGAGAUAUGAUUAUGAGAAAGCCUGUUACCAAUUAUGAUGCAAAUACAACACAGAAACACGAUUACAACAAUAAAGAUGAACAAAACAAUGUGACUACCGCAUACAAUUUCAAUGAAAUGCAUUUGGAGAAGGACGAUGAAACACGUCCACAAUUAUGUAUAAAGGUUUCUAGUACAGCUUCAAGUGGUGGACUCGAACUUCCAAUGACCGCAGCAGAAAUGAGGGCUAAACUUUUAUCUAAGAAAAAAUAUGAUCCCAAAAAUGAAAUUGUAGAUCUAAAGAAGAAGUUUGAGAUAAUACAGAAACUUUGAAUUUUUUAAGAUUAAAUAAAAACAAUGGUUUAAUUGUUACAAAUGGCUUACGAGA